AACGUGAUACGUGAUUGGUCAAGCUUAAUAGUUGCCUUGCUGGGGCUAGACUAUGGGCUAGACACAAGACAUGCACAAGACACAAGUCUUUGCUCAGAUCAGAGCAUGCUCAGAGCUUUGCUUUUUGCUUAAACCAGAGACAACUUGGAGACAACCACUAUAAAACACCAGGCAGGUAAACUCCAAAAAAUACUAGUGAAAAUUGAGUGAAUAUAACUUCAUAUCCUGUGUCCUGUGCUCUGUGCUGUCCUGUGUCCAUAUCACAGAUCAGAAGCGCAUCACAGAUACAGAAAAUUAUUAUUUCUCUGUUUGCUGUUAUUACACCAUGCCGAAAAUUAAAAAAGUUAUUAUAGACGAGGAUAAACCUGUUUUAUUUGAUUUCCAAAAUGGCAAAAUAAAAGUUAACGAACAUAACAACAUCCAAUUAAGCAUAUUCAAGGACAAAAGCACACAAAAAAAUGUAUUGGGUGUUGCUAAUAGUAAAAUGAUAUAUUCAGGAGUAAUAGACGAAGAUAAUCUCUUUUAUAAAUUUCUGGCAAUCAGUAGGAGAGAAGGGAAAGAGCUCGAACUUAUUCAAGUGGACACUUGUACAUUAACUCCAUUAAUAAAAGAAAAAGCGAUAACGUCGUCUCCAAUUACACCACAAACUGUUGCAGAUUUAAAAAAACACUUUGGCUCUAAAAAGGCAAAAAGGUUCACCGAACAACAAGAAAGGUUAACCAUGAACUUUGAAAAUGUAAAAGAAAGUUUAGAAAACAGUAUUGCAAAUAUCAGUGUGCCAGAUAUUGCAUUUCAGCAACCUGAUGAAAACUAUAGUAUUUACAGACCAAGAAUUGAUAGAAAUGCUAGUACGAAAGAACAAGUUUAUCAAUUAUCACAUCUGAUACCCAUUGAAAUCUUAGAUACACUUGAAAAAAGAGCAAUAGAAUUAUUAGAAUCAGACAAGAUAAAAGACUUCAGUUUAACACCAACAGUUGAAAAGUCUAUUAUUACUUUAAAAUCUUCUCCUUUGGAUAAAGAAACGUUGUUGAAGAAAUGUAAAAUAUUGUUGUUUAUUCACUGUUUAAUAAGUUUUAUGAACACACCUUUGAAAAAAAUUACCAAAAAAUACAAUACAUGUGAUUUUUCAUCUGAAAUUGAUAAGCAUAUCAAGCAAAAUUAUAUGGUUAGCGGAACAAGGCCCUUGAAUAUGAAAGAUAAAUGUUUAUGCUAUAUAAUUGUACUUUAUAUGAUUGCAAUGGAUUACGAGCUUAAUUUGGAUCCAUUAUCCAAAGAUGCAAAAGUUGGGUUGAAUAAAAUUAAAGACUUCUCUAGAAAUUUAGGAUUCAGUCAGUCCAGUAAACUCAAAACCGGCAUUACUUUAAAAAUACCAGUACCACCACCAGUUUCAAUGAAUUUGAAGAGGAAACGGAAUUCACUUUAAAUAUACCUUUUUUUAAUUACCUUACCUAUUUACUGUUAAUAUAUUAUGUGUAUAUACUAUAUUAUACUGUUAUUAUACGAGAUGUAAAAA